AUGUCCAGGUCUCUCUCCCUGUCCAGCCUGGACUCUAACUACCUAGGUGUGGCUGGAAACUUCCUGUGCCCCACUAGCGUGUUGUCCUUCAAUGCCUUCAAGACUGUGAUGGACAUCGACGCCUUGGCUCGGGUGCUUUACGAGAGGUUCUUCCGGGUGCGUGUCCUCUGGGCCGGGGACCACGGACGGGUGAUCGUGAGCAUCACCGCGACCCUGGGUACCCGGGGGCAGGUGCUCCAAGCGCACGCAGGCUCUGCCAAGGCGGCUGUGGAUGCGAUGACGAGGCACUUGGCUGUGAAGUGGGGUCCCCAGAACAUCCGUGUCAACAGCCUUGCUCCAGGCCCCAUCAGUGGCACAGAGGGGUUCCGGCGGCUGGGCGGCUCCCGGGCCAGCAUGAGCGUGGAGGUCCUGGGCAGCGACCUGCGGAGGCUAGGGGACAAGACGGAGGUCGCCCACAGCGCCCCCUACCCGGGCAGCCCUUUGGCAUCCGACCAGAGGGGCGCCAUGCUGGUGGUUGCCGGCGGGGCUGGGCUGACGUUCCCCAAUGACGUCAAGUUGCUGGAGGGUUUUGCACCCUCUGCUAAGCUCUAG